AUGCCGGGCGCAGAGCUGAAGAAGCCGUCAAAAUGUCUCGCCGUCUUUUGCGAUGGCACCUGGGUGGGCCGCGAAACGAAAGUUGCUGGUGCACCUCUAAGCAACAUUCGAAUGCUAGCAGACAUGGUCGGAGAAGUUGACUUCGGCAACUCGGACCCUCGCAAGAAGCCUGCCACAGUGCAUUCGAUUCGAACUCACUCUACUGACGUCGUUGCCGGCUACCAAGAAGGUACUGGUCUUGGGGCGACCUUCCUUGAGUACAUCUGGAAUGGCGCAACUGCCUCUGACAUUGGCGACGAAUGCGUCGCUGUCUACCGCUUUAUUGUCGAGCACUACACUGACGACCACGAGAUAUGGCUAUUCGGAUUCAGCCGCGGCGCGUUCACCGUACGCUGCGUAGCAGGCAUGAUCAACAACUGCGGCAUUAUUCGCCGUCAAAACAACAAACUCAACUCAGAGCAGGUCGAUCAACUGUGCUAUGAAGUCUUCCGCACAUAUCGCUCUAACCUACCCAUCGACGCCCCUCAAAGCGAACAGAGUAGUAGGCGGCGUCACAAUGCGGAGAAAGUCUGGCAAGUCAAGCAACCCAUCCGCUGCAUGAGUGUCAUCGAUACAGUUGGCUCUCUUGGCAUUCCUCGACUCAAUGCCGGCGUUGGCAUCGACUGGGCAUCCUUCGAGUUCUUCGACAAGUACAUUUCAACCGUCGUACAGCAUGUUCGGCACGCUCCUGCUCUCCACGACCGACUAUGGGCCUUCCAGCCCUGCCUUGCCUUCCCGAGCAGAAAUGCCUCUGAUACAACGGUCGAGCAAGUGUGGUUCCCUGGCGUGCAUUACGAUCUUGGACGCCAGGCGUUCCGCUUUGUUAGACAGCAUCCGUCAAACUACAUCGAAGAAGCUCUGGGUUGGCUGCCAAAUCUGCUCAGUCGGACAAUUUGGCCGAACGAAGUGCUUGCGGAUAACGUGCUGAGGUGGAUCUUGGAGGGUGUUCAGAAGUUCAACGAUCUAGAGACUCCGAUCAUUCCAAAAGUGGACAACGAGAUCGCGAAAAUCAGCGAACGAAUAGUGAAUCCCAACCCAAACAGCACAGGAAGUGGCGACGUGUACGGCAAUCUCUUGGAGUAUGCGCCUGCUGGCAAAUUUCUGGGCAUUGUGCAGAAGAUCUCUGGCGCCUUCAGGUGGCUGCUGAACAAAUCCUUUCCGAAACUAGGUGAUAACAUCCAAGAUCUACUGGGUAUCCGCACGAUCAUUGGUAUCCUUACAGCGACCGCGGAUCGUAGAAUCCCUGGUGUGGCAGUGGCAGCAGACGUGAAUGACUACAAGGACAAUAUUACUACCAUGACGGGCGUCGUGUACAGUGUCGAGGAUAACGCGCGUAUGCGAGAUUUGAAUGAGUUGGAUAAGGUCAGAUAUCCGAGUGAGACGUUCGAGACACAUGAGCUGUGGAAAAGUGUGUUUGGUGAUGAGCGAGGAACACACCUACCUGACGUUUUCGCCGAUGCACAGAGAGCGACGAACAUGUAA